GACACCACGCGGUUCUACGCUCGCGCCGUGCUCGAGUUGCGCUGCGCUGUUUGCCCAUGACCACGUCGUCAUCGCCGGCACGCUGCUCGGCUGCCAUAUCCCCGUAGGUCAAGUCGGUGACUCUUUCACAAGCAGCUCCAACAUGGAUCUCCUCCUCCAACGCGUCACGCAGCAGGCCGUGCAGUACGCCAUCCGCUCGGGCAUCACCAUCACCACGGGCUAUGCCAUCAAGGAGUGCAGUCGCUUGCUCAAGCAGGCGCCCAAGAGCCGCGAGCGCGAUGAGUUGAUGCAGCUGCAGCUCCGGCUCGAGAGCAAAAUCCGCGUGAUCGCCCCGUCUAUCGACAUGAUCGAGCUGAUUGCAGCGCGUGGCAAUACGUCGCUCGAGUCGGCCCUCUCGCUCUGCAAGGCCUUGCGCUAUGACAUUCAAAAGUUGGGCCAGCGUCUUGACCGAGCCGCUCAAGAAGAGCAGCACCUGAACGAGCGUGGCUGCAAAGGCGCCGCCCGCGAAGAGGCCAACCACGAACUCGUGGCCAUCAUUGCCCAGAUCAAGCUCUUGCUCGCACGGAUCGAGGAUGCCGUGCCUUUGAUCAACCUGGCUAUCGUCACGAGUGGCGUCAAUCUGAGUACGAAGCUGUCGGGCACCAUCAGCCCCUCUCGCCUCCUGCAGGCAUCUACCUUCCUGACCCAGGCCGACACGCGCUUCACCAAGAGCCCAACGUCACGUCACCAAGUGGGCCCAACGUAUGUGGUGACACUGUACAUGCUCUUUGCUGGACACAGCCACCGAGACGCAAAUCGCGAGACGACAUGGCAAGAAGUUCUACACAAGACGCAUGUCAAAUUGUGGCGCGUGCCACUUGAUGAUCUGUAUGCUUUGCCAGGUGAAGUCAACCACACGAGCACGUCCAAGGACAGCUCGAUUCCUGCUGAAGCUAAAGCUAGUGAGUUCGGAUACCAGCUCUCACUUGUAGAAGACCUCGAUGAUACUCGAUUGCACACGUACGAAGACGGCGAUCCCAGGCCAGGGCCUUUUGACGGCGUCCCUGAAGCGGGAAUUCGUGACAUCGUUCCAAUUCACGAAAUUUCAAAGAUUUUCUAUGCCGACACCGGCAAAAUUCUAGAUAUCACCGGAGAAGAUGAGGUCAACCACCCGUGUCUGCUCUUGAAGCGCGAUGUACAUGCCGAGCCCCCAAGGCGCAUGAUGAAGCCAUCGCGAUCACGCACUCCCAGCGUUGACAGCGAGUCGGAGGACGAGAACGAUCAAAGCCACAUUGACGCACAAAUCGAGCGCGAGUCUACCCCGAUCGUGGAGUCCACACCGAGGGUCGAGAACGGCGCCGGCGCGCACUCAUGGUGGAGGUUGCCGCCGUCGUACGAUCCUGAGUGGAUGGCCCUACAGGUCUACUCCGAGGAGCAUGACUCUGAUAGCGAGGACGAGGAUCAUGCACGGCCACAGUCUAGUCGAUCUGCGUCCUUUGAUCCCGGAUUGUCUAGCGCCUUAGCUCAUCUCAAUGUCAGCUCGUCGCGCAAUGGCACGCCUGUCAAAGCACAGUCGUCUACUUUGGCGUUCUCCCCCGGCAGACGCUCCGGGCCUCCAAUCAAAACGACACUGUCCUUGCUGGAAAUGCUCAUGAAACUUUCGGCACUGCAGCAGUUUCGGCAGGAAUCGCACCUUGCAAUAGAGGAUGAACUGCUGAAUUUCUUCCUCGAAGACAGUGCCACUGCCGGCGCUGGCGCAGACAAGCAACACCGCCAGCAGGUGAGGCAUGCUGCCAUUCAGCGAGUGGGAUUCGACCCGUAUGACGAGUCGCCUAUCAAGCGACGCGGCGAAGAAUACAUUCGUGGUGCCGGUAAAUCUCCCAUGUCGUUGAGGAGCUCGCCCGGGCCAGCGGCCAUAUCUACCGAGCUUGCUCAUGAUGAUGACUACGACUACAGCAAUCGUAUUUCACCGCUGAACUUCGACCGACCAAUAAUGGAGCCACCAUUCGAUUACAGCUCUGGCAGAUCGCCUAUCUCCCAGUCACUUUAUCAUCAAACGCCAUCAAGAUCAUCGACGCCAGACCUGCCCAGUGAUGCUCAACGCGUCACGCCGCAUUCAAGAUAUGCAGGCUCAACGACUCCAGGAGGCAUGCAGAAGACGCGCGCUGCAGCAAUUCGUACGCAGCACGAGAACAAAUCUCGCAGCCCACUGCACGCUGCGCAUGCUGCAGAAGGGGAGGAAGAAUGAGUGUGACCAAGGCAUGUUUCUAUGUGAUAGCGUUCCGCACUUGCAUCAAUACGGCGCUCCGAGAUACCCAUGAAUGAUACAUGCAUGCGUGCUUGCAUUCCGUACACGGUUGUUACCUUCAAAUGAAGUGCACUUGCGCACAUCUUUAUUGCUGAUAAAGUCUAUAUUGCUCGUACUGUAGCUGAGAAUUCGCAGCAGAAAUGGUGGUCAGCAAUCGAUCGGUCGGGUGUGUACUUCUGACAUGGAAAUCCAAUACUACGGCACAGAGUCGCACUGUCCAAUGUGGCGAACGAGAUAGAGGCAAGCAAGCCGCGCUUCAUGCUACAUUGGCAGGCCCAAUAAUCAACACAGCAUCCCACCUGCUCUCACUCUUCACAGCUGUCCCACU